CAACCACUAAACUUCAUGGUCUUCCUGCCUGUCUCCCUACACCUUGUGGCCUUUCCCCAGGAGAACCCUUUGCUUCCCUUCCAGUUGUUUCUGCCUUGACCUCAUACCACUGCCCCAUCCAAGCCUGCCUCUCCUGAUGGCCUGCCUAAUCACCUGCCCUUGGAGGCUGGUUUGCAGAACAGCAGUCCCCCCAAAUUGCAGGUAGUUCCGGCCAAGGGUGAGAAUAAGCAGGAUAGCUGCAUGAAAACUGAACUGCUGAGAGAAGAUAUUCCUAUGGCUGCUGAUGAAGGUUCCGUAGAGAAGCAGGCGGGAGAGGCCUCCAUGGCUGCAGAUGGUGAAACCAAUGGAUCUUGUGACAACUGUGACACCAGUCACCCAAAUGCAGCCAGACACACUCAAGAGAGCACAAGAGCCAGCCCACAGGAAGGUACCAAUAGAGCAGCACGAAUAGCGGAAAAUGGGGUUUCAGAAAGAGAACCAGAAGUGGGGAAGCAGAACCACGUCACAGCUGACGACUUCAUGCAGACUUCUGUCAUUGGCAGCAAUGGGUACUUCUUAAAUAAAUCGGCCCUGCAGGGGCAGCCCUUGAGGACUCCCAACACUCUGGCCUCCUCGCUUCCUGGCCAUGCUGCGAAAACCCUUCCUGGAGCGGCUGGCAAAGGCAGGACUCUAGGUGCAUUUCCACAGACACCAGCUGCAGCGCCAGCCGUGCCUGGGGAAGGAAGUGCAGACACAGAAGACAGGAAGCCCACGGCCCCUGGAACUGAUGUUAAGGUUCACAGGGCACGCAAGACCAUGCCGAAGUCCAUCCUGGGCCUGCAUGCAGCCAGCAAGGAUCCCAGGGAUGUUCGAGAAGCUAGAGACCAUAAGGAACCAAAAGAGGAGAUCAACAGAAACGUUUCUGACUGUGGACGACAGCAGCUUUUACCCCCCUUCCCAUCCCUUCACCCGUCACUACCUCAGAGCCAGUGCUACAUGGCCACCACAAAGUCACAGACAGCUUGCUUGCCUUUUGUUUUAGCAGCUGCAGUAUCUCGGAAGAAAAAACGAAGGAUGGGAACCUACAGCCUGGUUCCUAAGAAAAAGACCAAAGUCUUAAAGCAGAGGACGGUGAUUGAGAUGUUUAAGAGUCUAACUCAUUCCACUGUGGGCUCCAAGGGUGAAAAGGCCUUGGGCGACAGCAACCUUCAUGUGAAUGGAGAGAGCUUGGAGAUGGACUCAGAAGAGGAUGACUCUGACGAGCUUGAGGAGGAUGAGGACCAUGGAGCCGAGCAGGCUGUUGCAUUUCCCCCAGAGGAUAGCAGGACUUCUAAAGAGAACAUGUCCGAAACUGACCGGGCCCCAAAGAUGGAUGGCGAGUCAGAGGAGGAGCAGGAGUCGGCUGAUACUGGGGAGGACGAGGACGGCGGAGACGAGUCUGACCUGAGUUCUGAAUCCAGCAUCAAGAAGAAAUUUCUCAAGAGGAGAGGAAAGACUGAGAGCCCCUGGAUCAAGCCGGCUCGGAAAAGGAGGAGGAGAAGUAGAAAGAAGCCCUGUGGUGCGCUUGGUUCCGAGGUGUGUAAGCCAUCUCCAGGAAGCUCCGAGCAGACAGCUCCGGGAGACAGCUCGGGAUAUAUGGAAGUUUCUCUGGACUCACUGGAUCUCCGUGUCAAAGGGAUUCUGUCCUCCCAGUCGGAAGGGCUGGCUAGCGGUCCGGACAUGCUCGAGACAGAUGGCCUCCAGGAAGUGCCUCUCUGCAGCUGCCGGAUGGAGACCCCCAAGAGCCGCGAGAUCACCACCCUGGCCAACAACCAGUGCAUGGCUACCGAAAGUGUGGACCACCAAUUGGGCCGGUGCACGAACAGUGUGGUCAAGUAUGAGCUGAUGCGACCGUCCAACAAGGCGCCACUCUUGGUGCUGUGUGAGGACCAUCGAGGCCGCAUGGUGAAGCACCAAUGCUGUCCUGGCUGCGGCUACUUCUGCACAGCGGGUAAUUUCAUGGAAUGUCAGCCCGAGAGCACCAUCUCUCAUCGUUUCCACAAGGACUGUGCCUCUCGAGUCAACAAUGCCAGCUAUUGUCCCCACUGUGGGGAGGACACCUCCAAGGCCAAAGAGGUGACCAUAGCGAAAGCAGACACGACAUCCACAGUGACCCUGGCCCCUGGGCAGGAAAAGAGCCUGGUCACCGAGGGCAGGGCUGACACGACCACGGGCAGCACUGCUGGAGCCCCACUCUCUGAGGACGACAAGCCGCAGAGUGCAGCUCCCCACGUGCCUGAGGGCUUCGAUCCCACCGGGCCGGUGGGGCUGGCGAGGCCGACCUCUGGCCUUUCCCAGGGACCUGGGAAGGAAACCUUGGAAAGUGCUCUGAUCGCUCUGGACUCGGAAAAACCCAAGAAGCUUCGCUUCCACCCGAAGCAGCUGUACUUCUCUGCCAGGCAGGGCGAGCUACAGAAGGUGCUCCUCAUGCUGGUUGAUGGAAUCGACCCCAACUUCAAAAUGGAGCACCAGAACAAGCGCUGCCCACUACACGCUGCGGCAGAGGCCGGCCAUGUGGACAUCUGCCACAUGCUAGUUCAGGCGGGCGCCAAUAUUGACACCUGCUCAGAAGACCAGAGGACCCCACUGAUGGAAGCUGCAGAAAACAACCAUUUGGAUGCAGUGAAGUACCUCAUCAAGGCUGGGGCACAAGUGGAUCCAAAGGAUGCAGAAGGCUCCACAUGUUUGCAUUUGGCUGCCAAGAAGGGGCACUACGACGUGGUUCAGUACCUGCUCUCCAAUGGACAGAUGGACGUCAACUGCCAGGACGAUGGCGGCUGGACACCCAUGAUCUGGGCCACUGAGUACAAGCACGUGGAGCUUGUGAAGCUGCUGCUAUCCAAGGGCUCUGACAUCAAUAUCCGGGACAAUGAGGAAAACAUCUGCCUGCACUGGGCUGCAUUCUCGGGUUGUGUGGACAUAGCUGAGAUACUCCUGGCUGCCAAGUGUGACCUGCACGCCGUGAACAUCCACGGAGACUCACCCCUGCACAUCGCUGCCAGGGAGAAUCGCUACGACUGUGUUGUCCUCUUUCUUUCUCGGGAUUCAGAUGUCACCUUAAAAAACAAGGAAGGAGAAACACCCCUGCAGUGCGCGAGCCUCGACUCGCAGGUGUGGAGCGCGCUGCAGACCAGCAAGGCUCUGCGGGACUCGGCCCCCGACAGGCCCGCCCCUGUCGAGAAGACGGUGAGCAGAGACAUUGCUCGAGGCUAUGAGCGCAUCCCCAUCCCCUGUGUCAACGCUGUGGACAGCGAGCCCUGCCCCACCAACUACAAGUAUGUCUCCCAGAACUGCGUGACCUCCCCCAUGAGCAUCGACAGGAACAUCACUCACUUGCAGUACUGCGUGUGCAUAGACGACUGCUCCUCCAGUACCUGCAUGUGUGGCCAGCUCAGCAUGCGCUGCUGGUAUGAUAAGGACGGCCGACUCCUGCCAGAGUUCAACAUGGCUGAGCCUCCCUUGAUCUUCGAGUGCAACCACGCCUGCUCCUGCUGGAGGAACUGCCGCAACCGUGUCGUGCAGAACGGUCUCAGGGCAAGGCUCCAGCUCUAUCGGACACAGGACAUGGGCUGGGGCGUGCGGUCCCUGCAGGACAUCCCAUUGGGCACCUUUGUCUGCGAGUAUGUCGGGGAGCUGAUCUCAGAUUCGGAAGCCGAUGUUCGGGAAGAAGACUCUUACCUCUUCGACCUAGACAACAAGGAUGGAGAGGUAUACUGCAUUGAUGCACGGUUCUACGGGAACGUCAGCCGGUUCAUAAACCACCACUGCGAGCCCAACCUCGUGCCUGUGCGUGUCUUCAUGUCUCACCAGGACCUGCGGUUUCCCAGGAUCGCCUUCUUCAGCACCCGCCUGAUCCAGGCUGGAGAACAGCUGGGGUUUGACUACGGGGAACGCUUCUGGGACAUCAAGGGCAAGCUCUUCAGCUGCCGCUGUGGCUCCCCCAAGUGCCGGCACUCGAGUGCAGCCCUGGCCCAGCGGCAGGCCAGUGCCUCUCAGGAGGCCCAGGAGAACGGCCUGCCAGACACCAGCUCCGCGGCUGCCACUGACCCCCUAUGAGAUGCAGCAGGGCCAGCGGGAGGCUGGAGAUCAGAUUCUGAUGGACUGCAGUUAGGAGAGGAGGCGGUGCAAGGGACCAGGGGUGCAGACCCCCCAGCAGUGCUCCAGACCUGAGGCAACCUGGCCUGUUGCUCAGGCUGGGCCACACUUUGGACUGUGUGCCUCACAAGACACUGGGGCUCCACAUGGCGUGACCUUGUGAGUUUCCCGUGGUGGUUUGUCUUUGCAACGUUCCUCGUUUCUUCCUCUGAUCUCUGAGGUCCUCACUCCACCACUGGGUUGGUUUUUUUCUCCAGUCCAGCCCAGACUCCUGUGUGGCACCCGCCAAAACCGCCAUCACCCACAGCUGCUCCGUUAGUCCUGCCUACCCUCUCCUUAUGUGGCUGGUGCCUGCUCCCAGGUGCCGCAGGGAGAACCCUCCCUUCUGUCACAGUCUGGACGAGGUCAGGCAGAAAACGUGGGUCUGCUUUUUAAAGAAAUCCUAUAUCUAGUCCUAUGUAUCAAAACUCUAACUGGCGCUUCUUUGUGAGGAAGCAGUUGGUGCAGAUGGACCUGCACCCGCCCAGCCAGGCCUUGAGGCUGGCCCCCUCUGAUGAUCUGAAGCCACCUGCGAUGACGUCGAGUCAGCUGAUUUGCUUCCUACCCUUAUCGAACACAAGGACAGACAAAGAAUAAACACAACACAGACAACGGUGCUGAACCUGGUGUGGUUUCUACUCACCACCUGAAAAUAAACUAUCAACUGUAAAAAGAGAACAAAGUGAUUUUAGAAUAAAAUGCAGGAAAAACUUUUUUAAAACGUUAGUCUUGUAGUUGAAUAAAUUUGCCGUCGCCUUUUGUGUGGCGGCCUGGCAGGUCAUGUACUUUUUUUGGCAUAUACCUUUCUAAAUACUGUAACUAGUGCAGCAACCGUGGGUUUUUUUGUGUGACUCUUCUAAAACAUUCAUAUUGCAGUCAUGUUUAUUUUUUCUGUUAAAAUGUUUUUGACAGUUUUAAGAGCAGUCUUUUGGCUCAGACCAUUUCUUGUUCUGUUUUCAAUGAAAUCAAUAAAAAAGAAGUACUUUAAGUGGA